AUGGAAGAAAUGAAUUUACGUUGGAUUGAUACAAUUAAAAAUUGUAUUACACAACAAAACGAACAACGUCGAGCUGAAACAAAACAUCGAAGUACAUCAUUAGAUCCUUCAACACAUGCUCGUCGUCGACGUUUACAAAAUCGUAAAAUUGUUUUUAAUCGAGCACCUGAAUCUGAUGAUGAACAAACUCAUUUACCAAUUACAUUAAUCGAUUUAAAUACUGAUAAUACUAUACAAAAUAAUAAACUGAAUUCAUUAUUAAAAUCAUCAUCAUCUGGAUUUGAACUAGGUGCUUAA